UUAAGAACAUUGGGACAUUGGAAUCCCCAAACUUGUCAUCAGCUGAUGAACCCUAGAAAAUGAGGAGAAAACUCAGGAGAUAAAACAGGACCAACCAGACACCAUCAAUGGCGAUUCCGGCGUCCAUUCUGUCGCCGCCGUCCGCAACCCCCAAAUUUUCGAUUAAUCUCUUUAAGCAGAACCAAUUUCGAUUUCGAACCAGCUUCCCGCCAAGUCGUGUAAAAGCAGUUUCAUCCACGGCACAAUUUGGAGAACCCAACAAAGAAAAUAAGCGGAAGCUGCAAAUCAAAAGCACUUUCGUGAAGGAGAAGCUGUGGGAAGCCGUACCUGCCCCGGUGAAGGAGCUCCCAUGGAGAAAAGCAGCAGAUACAGCACUGGAGCAGCUGCUUCUGCUUGGGAAAAAAGCACUCAUAUGGUCAUUUGUUACUUUUGGCACCCUCAGCUUCUUAUCAGACAUCAUAUUUUCCAUCUCCAGAAACUAUGAAUUGGUGAUACCAUUUGGUCUCUUUGUUGGGUGCUUCUUAACUGAUGUUUUGAAGGAGACGUUGCAGCAAGUGCUUCCCAGGUCGGAGGCGAAUGCCAAUGAGAUUGAAAAGCACUUACUUGGUAUAAGCUGCUUUUUUGCUGCUGUUAAGUUCGUCUCUGCUGGUCUCCCAAUGCAGGCACGGGUGUUUCUUCUGCACGUUGCAAAUGGCGGGUUCCUGCAAGUUUUAUGGCUGUGGAGAGGUUUGUUCAAGGAAAGAGAAGAUGAUGGUGUCGAUGAUUCCAAUUCUUCAUUGGUCAUGGAUGUGAAAUCUUAAUACGACUCAAUGUCUGUUUAGCGUUUUUCAGUUACGUUUUUGGUUAAACGUUUGUAACCAGUUUUAUUUGUGCAUACUUUACCAGUUUUGAUCCGCGUUGUUUGCAGAAA